AUGUCCGCGGCGCCCCCCUCUUCGACAGCCGCGGAGACGACGGCGACGGCGCCGGCGCCCCUCCCGCGGCUUCCGAUUCCGAACCCGCUGCCGCUGUUCGCCGAGCGCGGCGGGGGCGCCAGGCUGCGCCACCACGCCUACAGCCGCAAGCAGAAGUCGCUCGGCCUGCUCUGCUCCAACUUCGUGGCCCUGUACGACCGGGACGGCGUGGAGUCCAUCGGGCUGGACGACGCGUCCAGGCGCCUCGGCGUCGAGAGGCGCCGGAUCUACGACAUCGUCAACGUGCUCGAGAGCGUCGGGAUCCUCGCGAGGAAGGCCAAGAACCGCUACUCCUGGAUAGGCUUCGGAGGGGUCCCGAUGGCGCUGCGAGAACUCAAGGAGAGGGCGUUGAGAGAGAAGUCUGGCCUGGCUCCUCUGCCGGCGGAGGAGCUAUCUGCUGCCAAUAUGUCUGAUGACGAAGACGAUGAUAAGCUGGGUGAUCCGGAGGCCGAAAGGGAGGGCGAGAAGCUGAGCCAAACAGUUGACAAUCCUUCUGACAUGCCUGAUGCACCUCCCUGCCGGCUGAGAUCUGAUCAUAGGAAGGAGAAGUCUCUUGGGUUGCUCACUCAAAAUUUUGUGAAGCUGUUCCUUACCAUGGAGCAGGUUAGCACGAUCUCACUUGAUGAAGCUGCAAAGUUCCUCCUUGGGGAAGGCCAUGAGGAGUCCAAUAUGAGAACUAAAGUCCGGAGAUUAUAUGACAUUGCUAAUGUGCUGUCUUCACUGAAGCUCAUUGAGAAGACACAAGUGGACACAAGGAAGCCUGCAUUCCGGUGGUUGGGCAUGGCAGGGAAACCAAAAGCAGAAAAUGGUGUCACAAUUGUUGCAUCCCCAGCAAGGAAGACUCUGUCAAACAAGAGAGUCUUUGGAACUGAACUCACUAACAUUGGUAUAAACAGAAGCCAGCUGGAACCAACAACCCAGAAGAAAGCGAAGCUGGCACAGGGCGGUGCUGAUAUCUUGAAGAGCUACAACGUGGCCGCGCAGAAGCAGCCCGGGCAGGUUAACAAGAGUGGUUUUGUUUAUGGGCCUUUCCACCCUUCUUGUGCAAGAAAACAGGAGCCUGAUGACUGUAAUAAUGUUGGACAAAGGGCGAUUGCCCAUGAUUGGGAGAGCCUUGCCGAUUCAUUUCGACCGCAGUACCAGAACCCAGCACUCGGUGACCUCUUUGCUCACUACGUGGAUGCGUGGAAGUCGUGGUACUCUGAAUUUUCGCAGGGUAGCAGCAUCAUGCAGCAACACUUGGGCAGUUCUGUUAAUAAUAAACGAUUUUUGUAG